AUGAAGGUAGGAGAAACACUUCACAAUUCUGCUAGUCGGUAUUGGGAGCUUUACAAUGAGAUCGGUAAGGGCAACGAGAAGAUUAAGGCGAGCACCUUCAGAAUGGGGUCGCCCGAGGACUCUGAACUACGGGAGUCGUUGACGAGGAAGCCUCUCAAAGAUAUGAGGCAGUUCAUGAGGCAUAUUAAGGAGUACAAAUGCCUAGAGGAUGACCGGCUGCAAAGUAAAGGUAAGGCCCUGCUAAUGAAUCAUCCAUGGCAGGGCGGUUUUCAGUCAAGGCCCCGAAAGGAUUUAAGGAUACAAGAUUCGGAGAUACAAAUAAGGGAGGUGAAUGUGACAUUCAAGGAGCCGAUACAGGAUCGUAGACCGGAUCAAGAACGAAACGUAUUUCCAAUGGGCGAAAAAGAUGGGGGGGAUAAGGGGCAUACCACCGAGCAAUAUCGGGUGCUAAAAGAUCAUCUAGGGCAAUUAGUGAAAGCGGGAUAUUUGAAGGAAUUUGUGGUGGAUUCAGGGAACCGAGGUACCGAGCAAGGUGCUCAGCAAAGGGGAAACCCUCUCCCACCCCCAUUAGGAGUGAUUGAAGUCAUUUACGCUGCCUCGAGGGGUACUACUGUGACAAAGGGGAGAGGAGUAUUAACUGUAGUGCCUAUAGAAGAUUGCUUGGGUGUGCAACCCUCCGAAAAGAGGAUGAAGUUUGCUCGGAAGCCUAUCGCUUUCAACGACAAUGAUCUAGAAGGGACAAUUUAG